AUGACCGUUUCCGGUGCCAUGGCUGUUUCCGGUGCCAUGACCUUCCAACACAAGUAUCAGCAAGAAGGUUUCAUGUGGCGAAUCCAACAAAAGUAUUUCCUCCAUAGGGGGUUGAAUACCAAGGAGGUGGUCGAACUGGCCUGGCAGGCCCGGUGGGAACAACAGAGAGCUGGUCAACAAAGUACUACUCGACAGAGGGUAUUAAACAGGAGGAUAGCCGACGAAGACCCCCCAGCCCUCUUGUUUACCGACAAAGCUCUGAUGAGACACGAAGGUCUUACAAAGGCGCAGAGCUCCCUCCUUUCCCAGGCCCGUAUCGGGGAUAUAGGCCUCCGGGACUACCUGUUCAGGGUGAAAGUCCCGGAGGUCCGCACCCCCUAUUGCGAGUGCGGGAGAGGCAGGGAGACGGUGGAGCACUUGGUGGUUUGGUGCCCCGACCCGCCGUUACAAAGGCCGUGGGACGGCAGAGAGAUUCGGUCACAUCGGGACCUACAAACCGUAUUACGGGGAGCUGGCCAGAAGGCUGGAGCUAGAAACAGUGGAUGGGGAGGGCUAGAGGGCCCGGAGGCCGGCAAAGGGCCUCCUUUCUUUUGCAUACCUGCGUAUGCCGCACUGGGAGGUCAUACAAACCUCAAGAUCUAUAAGCAGAUAUUAGAUCAUCACGAGGAAAUCGAUAAUCCAUGCGAGAGAGCCAAAGCAGCAGAAAGCAGCAACAAAAGCACACCAUGCACGGAACGGUACGGUCCAAACCAUUACACACCUAGCGAAAUGCUGUGCAAUACUUGCCACUCCGCAUGGUUUGCCAACAGUUAUAGCGAAGGUUGGGAGAAGAAAUGGAAGCCCUGGCUCGAUGGCUCGAAGUGGAACGCGAACUUGCACAGUCAGAUCAAGCUGUUGAAGGAGUCAUAUAACAACAGGAUUGAGGGCGACCUUGCGCGGUGGGAGGCCGAGAACGUUAGUUUCGCAAUAUACGCCAGCUAUUCAGCAACGCUGGACGAGCUUUGGACCGCGGCGCAACCAAAACUCAACAUGUUCUGGGAUGCGGCCGACCAGAGUCACCCUCCACCCGCUGAAAAUACCAGUAGUUGA